UGACGUUUAUAUAACCUAAAAAAUGACCCAAUUAAUUGGAUAAAAUAUAUAAUUUUCACAAUGAUUUUACAAAAGUUUGGCCGGAGAAUUUUGCAAAACGCCCAAAAACCAUCGCAAGUUCACCGUUGUAAGAGUCAAUCGACUGCAGAAUACUGUCUGAACAACGUACGGCAAUACGACUAUGAUAACUUCACUUGCACCCUGCUGCUCAAGAAUUCGGCGAGGGCUUGCGCUUUCGCCGUGCGGGGUUUUAAUGUCGAAGUGUCCCGGGUGGCUGAACAAGUGUCGCAAGACACCAUAGGGUUGAUGCGGUUGAAAUUCUGGGAGGAAACGGUCGAUAAAUGUUUCACGAAAGAUGUUAAGAAGGUCCCUCAGCAUCCAGUUGCCAUAGAAAUAUAUAAGGCUUUACUGAAUAAUCAGCUGACAAAAAGGUACUUCAAAAACUUAAUAGAAGUGAGAAAAGACAACUUAAACAUGAAACACUUUAAUAGUUUAGAAGACAUGGAGAAAUAUGCUGAAAAAUCUGUGUCUAGUGUAUAUUAUUUAAUUUUGGAAGGUUGUGGGGUUAAAAAUAUGCACGCUGAUCAUGCUGCCUCACAUUUAGGUAAAGCACAAGGAAUAACACAACAACUAAGAUCAAUUCCUCACUCUAAAAGGCUUAAUUUCAUUCCUUUACCCCAAGAUAUUUUAAUAAGAAACAACUUGAGUCAAGAAGAAGUAAUUAGAGGCAAAUCCAGUAGCAAAUUGCAAGAUACAAUUUUUGAAGUAGCUAGUAGAGCCCACCAACAUUUAGUUAAGGCAAGAAGUUUAUCAGAAAGUGUCCCAAAGGAGGGUAGAGCUGCACUGUUACCUGCUGUCCCAAUUUACAGCUUUUUAGACAGAUUGCAAAAAGUUAACUAUGAUGUGUUCCAUCCAGGACUACAGAAUAGGCCCUGGACGAUUUUACCUAGAUUGUAUGUCAGUAAUUUAAGAAAUAAAUAUUAAAACUACA